UUCGGGCUUUAAUUGUUUUCCCUUUGACACAAAGGACAUGAUUGUAUGAUAUAAGUUUGUUACGUCACUUAGGGCGGGGCUGGGGGUGGAUAUCCGCUUAACUUCGGUGGCGUGCUCCCCUUUGUAGAUCAAAGCCAUGCUACGCUAUCUCUCUCUCAUAUCUGUUCGGCUUUGAAGUCCCUUUGACGGCGCUACAUCAAAGGCUCUCCCGCACACACACAGAGCAUUAUAAACGUUCUCUCUCUCGCUCCCUCUCGCUCUUGCUCACCAAACUUUGAACUGGCUCUGCGACUAGUUUAUAUUUCAACUCAGUUGCCUGAGUGUCUUUAGAGGGAGCACAUCGUGCGCUCCGCUCCCUCUGCGGCUCUUUUCAUCAUUCAUAUUUCGUCGUGCACAUGCACAGUUUUGUCACACCGCGUAUACGUCAGUGUGUCGGGAGACAUGUGAUAGAAUAGAAGAAAUUGGGUAAAGACGUGCGGAGUGUGUAAAGUGAAGUGACGAUGAGAUAAUCGCGGAAAUGGAUACGAUGAGUGAUAUGUCGCCGAAGGAGCAAGGUGUGACAAAAGACCAAUCUAGUCAGUGGUCGGAGAAAAUUUCAGCCAAAAUGAGAAAAAGGUGUAAAAUUUCUCGUAUAACUUCUAGUCGUUUGAUGGAUAAACUGAGAAAAAGGAUGCCGAAGAAGCGUCAAGAAGACCCUAAAAGAGUUUACAGGGAGGCCGACGUCGAAAAAGCUCUAUACAGGUGGUACGCCAGAAUGACUCAGAAUACAACAAGAGAGUGCCCUACGAGCGGAGAAAUUAUUAGAAAAGCUGCGGCGUUGGCGAAAAAGUUCGGAGCAGACAGUGUUAAAAUCAAACAGUUCAACAGAGAAUGGACGAAAUCUUGGUAUACGAAGUUCGGCAUUAAACAAAUCAAGCCGCAACCGGAAUCGAUUCCCGAACCUCCGCCGGUUUUGGACGCCGCUCUUGAAGGGUACUCGGACGAUCAGAUUUACACCGGGCUGGCUUUCGAAUUCGACUGGACCAGCCUGCCCGACAGGUCUAUGGAGAGGAGGGCUCCGGAGGACCGAGUCUGGCUUCUCAUGGCGGGCAAUAAGUCAGGAAGGCACAGGACGAGGAUGUUAAUCACCGGAAAGGAAUGGAGGCCGGAGUCUCUAAAGCAUGUAAAUAUGUUAAGCCAGCCGGUAGUAUACGCCGGCGGAGGAGUGGGACGUCUAACCCCCGAUCUCUUUUCCUGGUGGUUCCAUCGAGAAUUUUCCCCGGCUGCUCUCGUUCUCAACGAAGCUGGUGCCAUUCUGGUAAUGGAAAAGGCCGAUUAUUUACCUCCUUCUUCAGAUUGUGUGUCAUCUGACGGGAAAGUUAAACUAGUGGUCUAUUCUGAAGAAACUUCACCUAAUAUAAAACUGGACCAAAGCUUACUCAGGUCCGAACUUAAAACGAGAUACGCUAUGCUCCUCCUGCAUAUCAUAUCGAUGGAACAAUCUAGGUGGAUGUCGAUCCCUCAUUAUUUAUCGAAUUUCAGUUUGAAAGAAGCUUUUCCGUUGCUUCAUCGUGCUUGGCUUAACGUUAGACCCGAGACGUUUAGGAGAGCCUGGUCGGGUGCUUUGGGGUCAGUGUUGGGUGAAGAGGAUAGAAUGCUUCUUCUCGAAUUGCAGUGGAUAUCCCACGAUAUCGGUUUCGAAGUUACUGAUGAAGACGUCCAAAUAUGGUCGUCUUCGACUCGCGAGCUUGAAAGCAUACCGGAAGAAGUAAAAACCGAACCCAGGGAAGAAACCGCCGGUGAAACCGUCCCUACCGCCUCCGAGGCGGUUAACCAUCUUUCCAAAGCUCUCGUUUGGAUGGAAUCGGAACCUAUCGAACCCAGUUAUCUUCUUGUACUUCGCGAUAUCAUCACGAUAGCCAAACAGGCGAGCAAGAUGGGGCUGGGUGCGGGCCAUCCUGGUAGCGGCCUUCCUUUCUUUUGCCACAACGGAGAUCCUCUGAGUCAGCCACCUCCUGCCCACAUGGGGAUCCCACCUUACCAGCUGGACCCUAAGGGCGGUGAGUACUGGCGCGCACCUCAACAAUGGAAGAGGCUGGGACCUCUCCUCGCAGCUACAGGUUUGACGAGGCCUCCCAUGUAUCCGUUCAGCACGGGUCAGUACCCUUAUCCGAUGCUUAGUCCGGAAAUUUCCCAAGUGGCCGCUUCUUGGCACACGCCAAGCAUGUAUCCUAUAAGCAGUGGGAGCGCCGGGUUCAGGAGUCCGUAUCCUUCCUCUCUGCCUAUCACCAGUUCCAAUCUGGCAAGCGAUUUCUACAGGUUUUCGCCGACAGGACUGAUGGGCCCCCACCCGGGGCUCUCGCCUCAUUCUCACCCCGCUAUAGUUACCCCAGGCCCCAAACAGGAGCUUCAAACCAACGACCACAACCACAGGCCAUCAUCUAUGGAUCACAAGUCUUCUUCAUCAGCCAAUGAAGGAGCGAAAAGUCAAGACUCAGGCCAUACUAGUAAUAAUCAAGAAAAGAAAAAGCCACACAUAAAGAAACCACUCAAUGCUUUUAUGUUAUACAUGAAAGAAAUGAGGGCAAAAGUUGUGGCAGAAUGUACAUUGAAGGAAAGUGCAGCUAUCAACCAAAUAUUAGGAAGGCGGUGGCACAGCUUAAGUCGUGAGGAGCAGGCUAAGUAUUACGAAAAGGCCCGUAUUGAGCGCCAACUACACAUGGAGCUGUACCCGGGUUGGAGCGCAAGGGAUAAUUACGGAUAUGGAGCUAAGAAGAAGAAAAGAAAGAAAGAGCGGGUUACCAUCACAGAUUCUGGAGGUAACUCGAUGAAGAAAUGUAGAGCAAGGUAUGGCCUUGAUCAACAAAGUCAAUGGUGCAAACCAUGCAGGCGUAAGAAGAAAUGCAUUCGGUACAAGGAAUGUGGAGAUGAUGGGACCCAAUCAGAGGACAAUCUUGGUAGCUGUGGGAGUAUAGGUGAAUCUGGAACUCCACCGGAUGAUGAUGGAGAAUCCUAUAACCAGUCGAGUUCAAGCCCUGGUGGCCUGAGCGCUCUCUCGAGCCUCACGAGCCCGUCUAUGAUCCUGCCUAGCCCUUCGGCGAGCCUCGCCAGCCCGUCAGUGAGCCUCGCCAGCCCUUGUAUGAGUCUGCAAAGCCCGCUUACACCUCAUACGUUGGACUAUGAUACUAAACCUUCCCUCCCGAGUCUACCUCUCCACAACCUUGUCCAGCCGCACAGAAACCCUGUUGGGACUAAUCCGCACGACAUAAACAAUCCGCUGAGUGUGAACCAACUGACAGGAAAGUGCAUAAAAAACUCAAGUUCGUCUUCUCCUCCAAGUUCCACGUCGGGGAAGGAGACGUCGCGAACUGUGAUUAGUGUACCGUAGCAUUGGGGUAAGGAGCGUUAGGUCGCUCCGCCCGCAUCCCCAUUUCAUGUCUUUUUUGAAAUCUAUCAUACUUGGUGUGUUCGUAAUUCCUUUUUUAUAAUUGAAAUAAUUUUUCUUUUUAAUUAUUUUUAAUUGUAAACAAUUUGCACAAAUGUUUUUUUGUUUUUUUAAAUUGUAAAUAUAUAACAUUCCAAAAGAAUUUCGGUGAACAAUCAAGUAUAUAGACGGGGAUGUGAAAACAUGCAAAAACUUUUAUGAAAGAUAUGUGAUUUUGUUAUAGAUGUUGCAUAAGUGGAAAAUUUGUAUAAUAAUGAACAUAAAUCAAGAUACUUUAUGAUAAAUAGGAGUAAGUGCAAUUUGUAGUUUCUGUGUCAAAAAGUGUUGAGUGUUAAUCUUUAUAGUUUAAGAAAAAAAUUGUUUUGUUAUAUUUUUAUUUCUUUUUUCAUUUUUUCUUUUACUUAAAAAAUAAUUUAAAAAAUGUUUAAAAGAUAUGACACGAGUCAGACUAACAGAAUACUCAGGAUGGCGUUGAAAACAGUUCUUAUGUUUUCCAGUGACAAAGCGAACUUAUUUUGUACUACCAUUUAUCGCUGCCUCUUUGUAACGCCGAGGUUUGUAUUUUUUUUAUAUAUAUAAACCAUCAGUUUUUCGUUAAGAGCUACUGAGAUCUCUUUACAUUAUGUUCCUUUGUGCCACAAUUAGAUUGAAUAGUUUAAGCAAUAUUUCCUUGGUUAGUAAUAGUAGCAAUGCAGUCUUACUUCAUGCAUAGAACUUGUCUUAUUGAGCCUAUCUUAUAUCAAAUUAAUUGUGAUAAAUAUAUUUAUCUAUGUAAAAUAAAAUAAUUGUCUUGCAAAGUUUAAUAAAAAAAAAGAAAAAUUCUCAUUAAAAUGUUGUAAUUCUGUGCUGUUAUUGUUACACUUUGUAAUUUUUUUCAGUAUUUUUUUGUUUUUUUGUCAAUGAAUAAAUUUUUUUCUAAUAUUGAUUUGAUUAGUCCUUGAUGGAUGAUUGCAAGGCAUUGACUGAUGGUAGGCAAAUUAGCUUGUUGUAUAAUUUUUAUUUAUAAAUUAGGAUUUAAUAAAUGUCCAAAUGCUAUAAAAUAUGCAAGAGAAUUGGUGUGAUAUUUGUAACAGUAAAUUAAUUUAUUUUGUAAACUUUUUUUUAUAAUUACUGACAAGUCAAAACCCUUGGUAGAGCCUUAAUAAAUUGUAAACAAAAAGACUAAAAUUUGUCUCUGGUUAGUCGAGUAGUAAUUGUUUGUUUACAUGUUUGGUAUUUCACUGAAAUGUACUUAUUUGCAUUUGGUGCAUUUGAAAUUUAAUAAUUACUGUUAAAACAUACUUUUUUUAAUGUUUAAUAGCGGCUAUAACAGAUAUUUGUAUGAAAAAGUUUUUGAUAACACACUUGUAUUGUAUAAAGUUUGCAAAUAUUGUGUUUGAUUCAGUUGGCUCGCAUUCACGCCGAUGCCAAUGCUUUUCAACAUGCCUCCUGUACAGGUGCAAAAUAAAUUACUUGUUCAAUUAUUUUUUUCUUUUCUUUUUUACUUUAACAAAAAA